AUGGCGAACACGAGCGUUGUCUCGGUUCCUCUGCAAGUGCGAAAGAAGAACUCGGUGAAUGCUGUUUUCUCGUCUUCUGCUGCUAGCGCUCGACCGAUCUGCAGCUUUCCUCCGACAAUCCGUCCCUUAUCGUUCAGGAAAGGAAAAGGCUAUAUUUCUCUCACUCUCCCUUCGGAUUCUUCGCGUUCAGCCGUGGAAUCGUUGAAUCCUUCACUGUCCGAAGAGGGGAAGCCUCAGAUCGAGCUCGAAUUCAUCUCGGUAAUAAGCUGUCUGUUGUACUCUCGCCGAAUAUUCCCCUCCCCUUUCUCUUAUCCUGUUUCUCUCUUCUUGCUUUACUCUUUAACAGCCAAAGCCAGAGGCCGAUGGAUCGUACCAGAGGCAGAGCGCGACGGCCGACAGCGGCGAGAAACUUCUCCGUAACAUCAUGCUCGACAACAAGAUCGAACUGUACGCCACCUACGUAAGUUAGAAACAAAUCCGACGGGAUAAACGUCGUGCAAGAACCGGUCGACUCUUCAUCUCUCUCUACUCUGCAGGGGAAAGUGAUGAACUGCGGAGGCGGGGGAAGCUGCGGAACUUGCAUUGUGGAGGUUCGGUCUUGAAAGACGAUUUGAUUACCUUCAGCUAUCCCCCACGUUGUCACAUUCUCUUCGUCCCUCUCCAAUCUCCCCCCCCCCCUCCCGUCUUCCGUACUCCCAUGCAACUCCGACGAAGCCAGUGACAGCCCUAUGCGAAAUUAAUCGAGGUUUUUUUCAGUGUUCUCUGAUUUGAUUGAACUUUUUCUGCACCGUCAUCCUGUCUCGCAGAUCAUCGAGGGGAAGGAACUCCUGAACGAACCAACCAACACCGAGGGACGAUAUCUGAAGAAGGUAGGCUCGACCGCCCUCGUUUCCCCUGUCCGCAUUUCGAAAUGCCAUCAUCUCUGAACUGGAACAACAUCGCAGAAACCCGAAUCCUGGAGGCUCGCAUGCCAGACUAUAGUCGGGAACAAGGAGAACUCUGGCAAGGUACGAUGAAUUAAUUUAUCGCCAUUCCUGUAGAACUAAGCCUUCAGCCACACAGUUCUUUAAUCCUGGCUUCUGAUCGAUCGGCGAUUCCCUGCUAUCUCUGCUCGUCUCAGGUGGUCGUUCAGCGCAUUCCCCAGCGGAAGAAAUGA